CAACGAUUUCUGAGGAACUUGUGCAUUCAGCUUCAAUCAGUCGAGAUGGCGCGCAUUAAGAAGAAAGGAACCUCCGGCGCCGCCAAAAACUACAUUACGAGAACGCGCGCGGUGAAGAAGCUGCAGAUUUCACUGCCAGACUUUCGCCGACUAUGCAUUUUCAAGGGAAUCUACCCUCGUGAACCGCGCAAAAAGAAGAAGGUGACCAAGGGAUCUACUGCCAAUACCACCUUCUACUACACCAAAGACAUUCAGUAUCUUCUUCAUGAGCCUCUUCUGGCAAAGUUUCGCGAACACAAAGCCGUAUCCAAGAAGAUUGCUCGCGCCCUUGGCCGAGGAGAAGCAGGAGACGCUGCACGCCUGGAGAAGAAUCUUGUCCCCAAGCUCAAGCUCGAUCAUAUCAUCAAGGAACGAUACCCCACAUUCAUCGAUGCCCUUCGCGAUCUCGACGAUGCUCUCUCCAUGCUCUUCCUUUUCGCAAACCUGCCUUCUAGCGAGCAUGUGCCCGCAAAGACCAUCAGCCUCUGCCAAAAGCUGUGCCACGAAUUUGAGCACUAUGUCAUCGUUUCGCACUCCCUCCGAAAGUCGUUCCUGUCCAUCAAGGGCAUCUACUACCAGGCAACGAUCCAAGGGCAGGACAUCUUGUGGUUGGUCCCAUACCGUUUCGUGCAGAGAACCGGGGGCGACAUUGAUUUCAGAAUCAUGGGCACUUUCAUCGAGUUCUACACCACACUCCUCGGUUUCGUCAACUACAGGUUGUACACAUCUGUUGGCCUGGUCUACCCCCCUAAGUUCAACGCCAAGAUGGAUGAGCACGGUGCCGAGUUGAGUGCUUUCCAGGUGGAAGGUAAAAGUGUGCUUGCGAACGGUGACUCAACCGCCGAUGAUGAGACACCCGCUGUUGCCAACCCAGAGGCGCAGGCGAUUGCCGAUAAGUUGGCUGCUCUGCCCGAGACUGAGGAGGAUGACGCUGCUCCCGCGCCGGUACAGCCGAACGAAGAUGACGAGGCCAACGAGGAAAUUGACAAGUUUGAGGUCACCGCGCCUGAUGCAGAUGUCUUGCCCCAGCCACAAGCGAGCAAUGCAGAGAUUGCUUCCCUUUUCGCUCCUUUUACAUUCUAUAUUGCUAGAGAAACACCCAGGGCUCCACUCGAGUUCAUCCUCAAGUCCUUUGGAUGCAAGCGCAUUGGCUGGGAUGGCGCACUCGGCGAGGGCGCUUACACUACAAACGAAUCCGACCCUUCCAUCACCCACCAGAUCGUCGACAGACUCCCCUUGUCAGAAACAUCAGAAGCCUCAGCCACUGCGGGUGAUGCCGCUGCUCCCAAGGCGCAAUGGCCGCGAUCCACCAUGCCAGGACGAACGUACGUUCAGCCGCAAUGGGUCUGGGAUUGCAUCAAUCAGAGCAAAUUGCUACGACCCGACCUUUACGCUCCUGGCGCCGAGCUGCCGCCUCACCUUAGUCCAUGGGUGAAACCCAAGAAGGGAGAGUAUGACCCCAAUCUUCCUCUUCAGGAGCAAGAAGCGGAAGGCGAGGCCGCGGCUUUUGAGGAAGAAGAAGAUGAGGAAGAGGAUGUUUCAGAUGUGGAGGUAGCUGGCGACGGAAACGACGUCGACGACGCACUGCUGGAUCGUGACUCGUCAGUUGAGGCGGGAGAGGGUAUGGAUGUUGACGGCUCCGAAGACGACGACGAUAGCGACGAGUCCGACGAAGCCCCCGCAGGCGAUGAGUUUGAUGGCUUCGACUCUGAUGCAGAGUCGGAUAUCUCGGACGGAGAAGCUGCUCGUCUGCAGCACCAGCGGGAAUUGGAGGCUGAAGCUACCGGCAAGACUCUUGAGCCUGAAGUUGAAACCACCAAAUCCAAGAAUGCCGCCAUUCGCAAGAAGGCAGACAAGAAGCGCAAGGAGGAAGAGGAAGAGAGAGCGCGUCAAAAGAUGAUGUUGUCCAACAAGAAGCGAAAGCUUCUCAAGCGCAUCGAAUAUGGCACCAACAAGCGGGAUACCGAGGCGGAGGCCCUGAGGCGGAAGAGGAGAAAGCUGGAAAAGGCAAAAUCGGCGGCGAAUGCCAUCUGA